ACCAGACGGCAGAGGUCGUAGCGGGGGCAGUGGCCAUGAAUCGUCUUCAACUCCUGAGACCUCCUCCGACCAUCACGUCUGCCUUAUUGCUGCGAAACAAUCACCUUUGCUCCACCUUCCGACCUCCACAUCUCAGCGGGAAACGUCUUCGUAGAUUCUCCACCACGACUCUGCUCUGCUCCAAAUCCGAUGGACUUGUCGAGAGCUCAAAUGUUGCUGGAAGUCCGUCUAUAGUCGGGGAUCUUUUGGAUUACCUGAACGAGUCUUGGACCCAGUUUCAUGCUACUGCUGAAGCGAAGAGGAAACUUAUUGCAACUGGAUUUCAUUUGCUAAAUGAGAAUGAUGAAUGGGACCUAAAACCUGGUGGGCGCUAUUUCUUUACACGGAACAUGUCUUGUUUGGUUGCUUUUGCCAUUGGUGAAAAGUACAACGUGGGUAGUGGUUUCCAUGUUAUUGCUGCACAUACUGAUAGCCCAUGCCUAAAGCUUAAACCCAAGUCUGCUUCAUCAAAAUCUGGAUACCUUAUGGUCAAUGUAGAAACUUAUGGAGGUGGUUUAUGGCACACAUGGUUUGAUAGGGAUUUAAGUGUAGCAGGAAGGGUUAUAGUAAAGGCUAAUGAUGGAUCCUUUAUGCAUAAGCUUGUCAAAGUGAGGAGACCUUUGUUACGAGUACCAACAUUGGCCAUUCAUCUUGACCGCACAGUGAACAAGGAUGGAUUUAAACCAAAUCUAGAGACUCAUCUUCUUCCACUUCUUGCAACAAAACUUGAGGAGACAUCUAUGGAGUCCAAAGAGAAAAGUUCUCAAUCUUCUAAAGCUUCUCAUCAUCCACUGCUUAUGCAGGUUUUGUCAGAUGAGCUCAAUUGCAGCAUUGAUGAUAUAGUGAGUAUUGAGCUUAAUGUUUGUGAUACCCAACCUAGCUGCCUUGGAGGUGGAAAUAAUGAAUUUAUAUUUUCUGGAAGACUUGACAAUCUUGCUUCAAGUUAUUGUGCUCUGAGAGCUCUUGUUGAUUCAUGCGAGUCGCCUGGAGAUUUAUCUAGUGAACAAGCUAUCCGGAUGGUUGCUUUAUUUGAUAAUGAAGAGGUAGGGUCCGAUUCAGUACAGGGAGCUGGUGCACCUACCAUGUUUCAGGCCAUGAGACGUAUUGUUGACUGCUUAGCUCAUGAGUAUGUGGGUGAGGGUGCUUUUGAACGUGCUAUCCGCCAAUCAUUUCUUGUGUCAGCUGACAUGGCUCAUGGGGUUCACCCAAAUUUUGCGGACAAACAUGAAGAACACCACCGCCCAGAAAUGCAGAAGGGACUUGUCAUCAAGCACAAUGCGAACCAACGUUAUGCUACCAGUGGAGUGACUGCUUUUCUUUUCAAAGAAAUAGCAAAAAUGCAUGACCUUCCAACCCAGGAAUUUGUUGUGAGAAAUGAUAUGGGAUGUGGGUCUACCAUCGGUCCCAUACUUGCUUCAGGUGUUGGUAUCCGUACUGUGGAUUGUGGCAUUUCUCAGCUUUCCAUGCACAGCGUGAGGGAGAUAUGUGGUAAAGAAGAUGUCGACAUUGCUUACAAGCAUUUCAAGGCAUUCUACCAGACAUUCUCAAGCAUAGACAAGAAGCUAAACGUGGACUAUUAGAUAUUAAGGA